AUGGAGGUGACCACCAUGUCCCCAUCUCCUGCCUCACCCACUGAAGGAGAUGAUCUGUGUGAGACAGAUGUCACCAGGGUGGCCAUACACAGUGUGACCCUGCUCAUCUGCCUCUGUGGGCUGGCUGGGAACGGGGCUGUGCUCUGGCUCCUUGGCUCCCGCUGUUUCUCCAGGAACAGCACCAUCUUUUACAUCCUCAUGCUUACUCUUCUGGACUUCCUCUUCCUCCUCAUUCUGUUGCCCUCCCCUCUUCUCUUCCUGCUGGGGAAUGUGUCCUGCUCUGUCACCAUGCCCUUGCAGUAUGUGUGGUUUCUUUUCAGGGUGCCACUGGUGUCACACACCUUUUGUCUGUACACACUGACAUCCAUCAGCAUCCUGAGGUGCCGCUCCAUCCACUGCCCGCUUUGGCUCUGCUGCCACCGUCCCCAACACCUGUCAUGGGUGGUGCUUGCCCUGCUCAUCACUUUCAUCACUCUCUUUGCCACCAUGAUUUCUCUGUGUUUUGUCCAGCUAUCUGAGCACUGCUGGGUGUCUCUCAUCUCUGUGCACGCCUUCAACCUUCUCCUCUGUGCUCCCGUCGUGCUCAUUUCCAGCACAAUCCUCUUCAUUAAGGUCAAGCCUGGCUCCCAUCAGCAGCAACCCAAGAUACUCAACAUUGUUAUCUGCCUCAUUGUGCUCUUCACUCUGCCCCUCAGCCUCUGGAAUUUACUGCAGUACCUCGGCUACACCAUUGUGUCCUCCCAGGUUGUUUUCCUGCUUGCCUGCAUCCACAGCACCAUCAAACCCUUCAUCUACUUCCUGGUGGGGAGGUGCUGGAGGCCCUGCUCUGUGGGGUCCCUCCGGCUCUCCCUCCAGAGGGUCUUUGAGGAGACAGACACUGCCCACAGCCAUGAUCCUGCCAUGGACACAGUGCUCUGA